CGCCAGCUCCCGCUUGCUCCCUGCCCACUCCCCAGGAGAGGACGUUCCGCGCUGCUGCUGCUGCCGCCGCCGCCGCCGCUUCUUUCACACUUUAGUUGGGGAUCUGUGUGCGUGUGCGUGUGUGUGUGUGUCUCACAGUUUCAGCAAAGCUGCCCGCGCGCCUCCCCCUCCCCACGCACGGAGCCCGGCUGGGGCUCUUUCGGCUUUUACUCCAAGCAGCAGGGGACGAGGGGGCGACCAAUACACACAGAGGGGAGGAGGAGAAAGGAAGGAGGAGGAGGAGGAGGAAGAGGAGGAGGAGGAGGGAGGAAGAAAAAGAAGGAGGAGGAGAAGGAGGGGAAAGGGAGGGGGGCGGGAGGCUUGCCACCUUCAGCCCCCCCCCAAGCGCCCAAGGUAGAAGCCUCUUGGUCAACUGAACCAGAAGGUGGAUUUUUUUUUCUUUUUCUUUUUUUUUUUUCAAAAAAACAAAAGUAUGUGCCCGUGUCUGUAGAGAUGAUUUGUAGUUCAGCGAGGCUGGAGCUGACCGAAUGAGACUAUGGGCUGUGCCUCCGCCAAGCAUGUUGCCACUGUUCAGAAUGAAGAGGAAGCCCAGAAGGGGAAAAACUACCAGAAUGGAGAUGUGUUUGCUGAUGAGUAUAGGAUCAAACCUGUGGAAGAGGUCAAAUACAUGAAAAAUGGGGCAGAAGAUGAACAGAAAAUAGCAGCCAGGAACCAAGAAAACUUGGAAAAAAGUGCCAGUUCAAAUGUAAGACUUAAGCCUAAUAAAGAGGUUCCGGGAUUGGUACAUCAACCUAGAGCAAACAUGCACAUCUCUGAAAGCCAACAAGAAUUCUUCAGAAUGCUGGAUGAAAAAAUUGAAAAGGGUCGUGAUUACUGUUCAGAAGAAGAAGAUAUCACAUAGUGCCAAUUCUACCAGUCAAAACAGGAAUUACUACUGUGUAAAUAGAUUACAACCCAGUUGAGAUCUUUGGGAAGGUCGUCUACAACACACACACACAAACAGCACUACAUAAUAAAAGAAGAUCGUCUCCAUAUUGUAUGCCCCAUUCACUUACAAUGUUUCUUAAUGAACUUGCAAAGGAAUAUUGCUAAGAACUGUUCUAAAACUUUGUUGCUGCUAGUUAAAACUUGUUGCAACUUUUCACUCCUCUUGUGUCCGGGUAUGCAGCAAAAUUCUUAAAUUUCACCUUACAGACACGGUUGUUCUUACAGAUGCUGCCCAGCUGAUUUUCUAUCAGAUGAAAUAGCGAUGAACUCAAAUACCAAACUUCCAUUUCUAGAAUGUUCCAGCUUCUCUGAUACCUUUUCCCCUCCCCUCCUCUCUUUAAAGCUGUUUGUCAGUCCAGAGAUGGACAAGGAUAUUGCUUCUUACUGGCGAUUUUGAGCUUGGGAGAUGGGGAUGGUUGCUAUGGCAAACCUUGUUUCUCCACUAAGAAGAAAUGGAGAAGCUACUAUCUAUUAAAAGCAUGUUGUCCCAUGAAUACUGGAAGUGAUGCCGGAGCAGCAGUUUGCCUCACUUAGUAGGUAUCUUAAUCAAGGACUAAGCUUGCAGUUUUGGCUUUGCUCAGGCGCAAAUGGAAGUGUGAUCACAAUCAUUUCGAAUCCCUUUUUUUUUCUAAGGAAAUAAACAUUUUACUGUUUUUAUGUAUCUUUGUCUUCUCCCAUUCAUCUAGCCCAGUUUUUGUUUUUGUUUCUGUUUUUUUUUUUUUUUUACAAGUAUCUCGCGGGUAGGCAAGUUAAGCACUUUUGUUGCAAUACUGAUGUUAGGCUAAACUGCUUCCCUACCCUUCCCCUUUCUCCUUUCCCAGGUAUUACCAGGGCAAAUGAGAGGAGGCAUGUAUCCCCCUCCUUUUUAGCAGAGCACCAAACCAUCACACUAUUUUUAUUUUUUGCCACUAAAUAAAGCCUCCCACUUCCUUAUUUCUCCCUUUACAGCAGGUACAGGAACCUUUCCCCCUUCUUAUUUUCCUCUCUUCAAGGACUAGUUUGUAUCUCUACAAGAUUUUGACCUUCUGGGGGAAAAAUGCUCAAGUUAUAUUGGUCAUGGGUGUUGGAGAUGCCAACAGCCAGAAGUACCGGGGCAGUGAUGGGGAAUGUUGAUUGUGUGUUCUGUAGAGUUUAUUUUUCCAUACUAUACAAAGAGGAUGAUCUCUUCUCAAAGACAGAGGUAAUAUUUUUAACAAAUAUUGUCACAAGUAAAUAGUAACCAUAAGGGGGAAAAAACUUUUGUAUUUUUUUAAAUGAGUUUGAUAGCUUUGAUGAGGGCUCUCUUUAUUACUUUCAGGAGGAAAGGCUACCAUAUUGAAUACCAUGCCAUGCUGGCCAUGAGGUUUGGGGGCUUUGUCCAUAUAGUCAACAUGGUAUAAGUUCAAUCACAAAGAUUAUUCCAUCUUCCCCAGUCUUGGAUUGUGAAGUUGAAGGGGACACUUGUGAAUUCAUUAACACUGCCACCCUGUGAUGUUAGUGAUUCAGAUGUUCCAGGGAAUAAAGCAGAUUUCCUGCCAGGAAAGAAAACAUGGCCCCAACUGUGCUCUUGAUGAAAAGACGAGAUAGGAUUUCAAGAUGGACCUCACACAAAAUGGCAGCCGUUCAUUAAUGCAUUUCUUUUCCUUGGUUCUGGAUAAGCGGAAACUGAAGAUGGAGGAACUUUAGUCAAAGGGAUGAGGAAAAUGGACUUAAACAUUACUGACAUAAAAAACCUUAAUUCUUUCAAACCAACACAGCAGAUAUUUGGGGAGCAGUUGUGACUGUUACAUAAAUAGGAAGAAAGCCAAAUUGUAAGACUUUUUGUCUUGAUCCAGCCUGGAAAAUGUCCAUUCAAGUCACCAAAGCUUUGGGAACUCAGCCCCUUCAUCUUCUGCAUCCUCACCCAUGGUUUUGGCCAGGGGGUUUAAGUAAUUUUCCUUAAGUGGAGUGAAGGUUAGUUACAAUCUGGGUGCCUAAUUCCACCCCCAUCACUCCCUCCAAAAACCUCUUGCCUUGGAUUCUAGCAAUUUGAUAUCAUGAUAGUGGCAUUUUCUAUGUCUCCUUCAUUGGUAUUAGUCACAAAGGGGUAAAAAAAUAUCUGGGUCUGAAUCUCCACACCGCCCUUUUCUACCUGCGUGACCUUGAGAAGUCAUUCAACCUCUCUGGGCCUCAGUUUACUUAUCUGCAAAAUGAAGGGGGUGGACUAGAUGACCUCCAAGAUUGCUGCCAGCUCUAAAUCCCUCAUCCCAUAAUUAAGUUGGUUAAGUCAAGUCUUCCACAUGAUUCCCAAACUUGGUGUCUCAUUGUCUUCCCAAAUGAUCAACUCUUCCCCAAAGAAAAGAUCUUCCCACUUAAGUUUUUCAUGAAAGCAUUCUGAUACGUUGCACAUCUAUUAAGAAUAAUGUUUUGGGGCAGCUAGGUGGUACAGUGGCUAGAGCACUGGCCUUGUGUUCAGGAGGACCUGAGUUCAAAUCCGGCCUCAGACACUUGACAUUUACUAGCUGUGUGACCCUGGGCAAGUCACUUAACCCUCAUUACCCCGCAAAAACAAAAACAAAAUAAAUAAAUCAUGUUCUUUAGGAGCCCAGCCUUUAAGCAUUUGAAUGAAACCAGAGGGGUCCCCUGCAUGGACCCAGUGGCUUCCCACUGGAGGUGUUCUCUGUCACCACACUUAACAAUGAGCCCAUAUCUAAUGUGCAAAAGUGAUUUCAUCUGUAGUCACAUUUGGCAGAUCCCGAAAUAGAUCUGGGAAAUGGGGUGGUUGAGCUGGUUGGCACGAAAUGCCUGAUUGUGUUAACAACAUUCAAAACUGUCUGUUUUCCAUUUGUUGGUUCUAAUCAUAAAAUUGUCAAGUGACUUUGUGGUCGUACUUCAUUUUUCAAAGCCUUUUGAAGGGAUCUGAAACAAAAAUAUUUUGACUCUUCCUCCUGUGCAGCCUACCAUUAGGCAGACAGUGUUUCUGAUGCAGUGAAAAGAAUAAGCUGAUUCAUGUGAGGGUGCAAGCUCUGGUAACUGAUAACACAGCAGCAGUUGCCCAAGGGAAGAGAGAGAGGAGGCCCAUUAGGUGAAGGUUAGAAAAGGGUGGGAAAUGAGCUGAGGUACAAGUCUACAGGGUCACCUCAAUGGGGUAUUUGCUGUGCUGAAUACUAUUGAAAGGACAGCUCCCAGGCUGCCAGUAGGUGUGGCGCAGCUGUCAACAAGAUUUAAGGUGGUUUUAUACAUGCCUCAUGUGCUUGGAGUUGUGGUGUUAUAAAAGAUCGGGAGUAUAUAGAGGUAGCCUUCUUUUCAUUGGCAGGAAGUCAGGAUCACCCAGGACUAUGGUCAUAAUGGAAUACAUUUGUGCUCAUGACUGCCAGAGACCUAUAAAGAAAAUUUUGCAUCAGUGCUUUUUCUUCGACCCAGCCUAUGAACAAGAGUAGAUUGUUAGGGUCCAUUUCAGGAUACAUGAGGGCAUAAAGUCCAAGGAAAACAAAUAAGACCCACAAAACAAAACCACCAGCAGUCACCCAAUAACCAACCUAUAAAAGAAAAUAGUUCUCUUUUCAUAUGCAGCGUAGUUGAAGAUAGGAAAUUGGAUUUGGAUGCUCUAAAUAACCAGUGACCUCAUUCAGUUCAAUUCUACUACUUAUUAAGUACCUACAAUGCACAAGGCAUUGUUCCAAGUGCUAGGGAUAAGAAGACAAAAUGAAAAAUUGUUCUAAGGAUUCCCUACCCAGCUCAAUCAUUCUUUCCUCUGGGCCAGAAACCUAAAGUUUUUUUCAAAGGAAUUCUUAUUUGUCCUAAAGCUUUGUUCAAAGGAAUAAAUUCAGUAUUGAGCCCCACUGCAAAAUCAUGAAAAAAGAUAAGGUAUCAUCCAUGUUGGCAGGACAGGCAAAUUACCAUAUGAGAAA